AUGAAAGCAUACAGACGGCUUUGUAAUUAUGCUACAGCGGCAGUAAAACAAGAAACGCAGUAUCAGAUUCCAACAGCCGCACGCACAGAGAAGAAAAACCCGGAAGACCAUGACGGUCAUGAUAUAUCAAAAUUUUACACCAUAGAUCCAAAAACUGUCAGUAAUAUAUUUCAUACUGGUGGUUUGCCAAAACCUUUCAUCGAGCAAACAAAUAUGUUUGCUGAAACUGCGUUGAUGAUACGAAAGCCAGCGUUGGAAAUUAUUAAUGGUUUGAAAUCAACCGAUUUCCAGAAACCAGCUAUUCGAUAUUUACUAUAUGGCCAAACUGGUAGUGGUAAAUCACUCAGCCUUGCUCAUAUACUCCAUUAUGCGUAUAGCUCAAAAUUCAUUUUAUAUCACGUCCCUUAUGUUCCAAUAUGGCUUAAAUAUGAUCGUAAAGAAGUUAACUGGUCUUCUUCUAAGAAUGGCUUGGCUGACAUACCAUUAAUUGCAGCUCAGUGGUUAAAACAUUUUGUGCAUCAAAAUGGAGCUUUAUUAAAUGAACUCAAUCUUACUACAAGUCAAGAUUAUGUUUGGAGUCAACGAGAAACUACACCCAAAGGAACUACACUAAAUGAAUUAGUUACACAUGGCAUAAAUAGAGCUAAAUAUGCAUGUGACUGCAUGGAUAUACUUCUGAAUGAGUUAAAAGCUCACUGUUCAAAUAAUAAAUGCAAAAUGUUAGUAGCAAUAGAUGGAUUUAAUGCAUUCUUCAAUGAAAAAACCGACUUGAAAACAGAAGACAGGGUUAAAGUAACUCCACAACAAAUCACUAUGGUCCAAACAGGAUUAUCAGCUGUUCUUUCUGAUUGGAAUAACGGUGCAAUAGUUAUGGUCACAUCACCUAGAGCUGCUUUAAACACAAAAAGAGAGUCUCAUUUACCCAUUUACCUCAUUGGCCGACAAGGAUUUGAACAUAUAGAUCCAUUUAUUCCAGUGAUGGUUCCUGAACUUUCUACUGUAGAAUUUAAUAACAUGUUAGAUUAUUAUGAAGAAAAAAGAUGGUUACAAAAAUCUGGUGGAAGAAAAGAGCUAGAAUUCCUAACUUCCAAACUACCUGCUGAUUUAAUGGCUCGAUGCGCACCAUUGUAA